AUGGAAAGCGGUGCGACUGCAGAAACGGCGGCGACCCGCGACUGUCCCACCCGCAGACCGUCCGGGAACGUCCCUGAAAGGGGAACUCAGGCCUCCACGACGUGGACCUCACGAAGAGCCGAGAACGAGAAACGUCGUGACAUGAAAGGACCGCGGGUGAGAGUUAGAGCCCAGAAGACGGAAACGUGGAGAGAAGCGCGCGCGACGGCGGCUUCGGACACGCGCGUCAGCUGCGGAGACGCGGGCCGAGAACGGGCGAAGGAUGCGCGGACGGCGCUGCGUGCCCCGACCCGACCCGCCGCGUGCCCCGACCCGACCCCCGCGUGCCCCGACCCGCCGCCUGCCCCGACCCGCCACGUGCCCCGACCCGACCCGCCACGUGCCCCGACCCCCGCGUGCCCCGACGCGCCGCGUGCCCCGACCCGCCGCGUGCCCCGACCCCCGCGUGCCCCGACCCGACCCCCCGCGUGCCCCGACCCGACCCCCCGCGUGCCCCGACCCGACCCGCCACGUGCCCCGAACCCCCCGCGUGCCCCGACCCCCGCGUGCCCCGACCCGACCCCCCGCGUGCCCCGACCCGACCCGCCACGUGCCCCGAACCCCCCCGCGUGCCCCGACCCGACCCCCCGCGUGCCCCGACCCGACCCGCCACGUGCCCCGAACCCCCCCGCGUGCCCCGACCCGACCCGCCGCGUGCCCCGACCCGACCCGCCACGUGCCCCGAACCCCCCCGCGUGCCCCGACCCGACCCGCCGCGUGCCCCGACCCGACCCGCCGCGUGCCCCGACCCGCCGCGUGCCCCGACCCCCCGCGUGCCCCGACCCGACCCGCCACGUGCCCCGACCCCCGCGUGCCCCGACCCGACCCCCCGCGUGCCCCGACCCGACCCCCCGCGUGCCCCGACCCGACCCGCCGCGUGCCCCGACCCGACCCCCCGCGUGCCCCGACCCGACCCGCCGCGUGCCCCGACCCCCCCGCGUGCCCCGACCCGACCCCCCGCGUGCCCCGACCCGACCCGCCACGUGCCCCGACCCCCCCGCGUGCCCCGACCCGACCCACCCCGUGCCCCGACCCGACCCGCCGCGUGCCCCGACCCGACCCGCCGCGUGCCCCGACCCGACCCGCCGCCUGCCCCGACCCGACCCGCCGCGUGCCCCGACCCGCCGCCUGCCCCGACCCGCCGCCUGCCCCGACCCGCCGCCUGCCCCGACCCGCCGCGUGCCCCGACCCGCCGCCUGCCCCGACCCCCGCGUGCCCCGACCCGCCGCCUGCCCCGACCCCCGCGUGCCCCGACCCGCCGCCUGCCCCGACCCGCCGCCUGCCCCGACCCGCCGCGUGCCCCGACCCGCCGCCUGCCCCGACCCGCCGCAUGCCCCGACCCGACCCGCCACGUGCCCCGACCCCCGCGUGCCCCGACCCCCGCGUGCCCCGACCCGACCCCCCGCGUGCCCCGACCCGACCCGCCACGUGCCCCGAACCCCCCGCGUGCCCCGACCCGCCACGUGCCCCGACCCGACCCGCCGCGUGCCCGACCCGACCCGCCGCGUGCCCCGACCCGACCCGCCGCGUGCCCCGACCCCCGCGUGCCCCGACCCCCCGCGUGCCCCGACCCGCGCCGCGUGCCCCGACCCCCGCGUGCCCCGACCCGCGCCGCGUGCCCCGACCCGCCGCGUGCCCCGACCCGCCCUGUGCCCCGACCCGCCGUGUGCCGCGACCCGCCGUGUGCCGCGACCCGACCCGCCGCGUGCCCCGAACCCCCCGCGUGCCCCGACCCGCCCUGUGCCCCGACCCGCCGUGUGCCGCGACCCGACCCGCCGCGUGCCCCGACCCCCGCGUGCCCCGACCCCCGCGUGCCCCGACCCCCCGCGUGCCCUCACCGAGGACAGCAGCGCCUUCGGGAGGCGACUGAGACUCGUCAGCGUGAUGGAGGCACGUCAGCCCCGCAGUGUGAAGGGCUGGCCCUCCCCAGAGCCAGCUGAGGCUGCAGACUGGGGCGAACCUGAGUCGGGGGAGGGCGAACCUGAGUCAGGGGAGGGCGAACCUGAGUCAGGAGGGGGCGAACCUGAGUCAGGAGGGGGCGCACCUGAGUCGGGAGGGGGCGCACCUGAGUCGGGAGGGGGCGAACCUGAGUCGGGAGGGGGCGAACCUGAGUCGGGGGAGGGCGAACCUGAGUCGGGGGAGGGCGAACCUGAGUCAGGAGGGGGCGAACCUGAGUCAGGAGGGGGCGAACCUGAGUCAGGAGGGGGCGAACCUGAGUCAGGAGGGGGCGAACCUGAGUCGGGGGAGGGCGAACCUGAGUCGGGGGAGGGCGAACCUGAGUCAGGAGGGGGCGUAGCGAACCUGAGUCAGGAGGGGGCGAACCUGAGUCAGGAGGGGGCGAACCUGAGUCAGGAGGGGGCGAACCUGAGUCGGGGGAGGGGGCGCACCUGA